AUGCACCCUGGUGCACUUCAAGAUCGUCUUGAAUUGCCAUUGCCCGCCAUGGCUUCCGGCAGCAACCAGGGCAGUCUGCGUCAGCGCAACGUGCCUGGAAAAUCGACGUCUCCAGCCCCUCCCUCUGCCCAAAUCGAUGAUGUCGCGCUCGAUAAGCUAGCGGCGGCCAAUGCCAAGCCCGUCGUUUCGGAGAAUAACUUCAGGAUUGCCUUUGCCGUGAUCACCGCACUCGCGUUUGUCACUAGGUUCUGGGGUAUCAGCCACCCAAACGAGGUCGUAUUUGACGAAGUCCACUUUGGCAAGUUUGCGUCGUACUACCUCGAGAGGACGUACUUCUUCGAUGUCCAUCCCCCUUUGGAAAGCUUCUUUUGCUCUCAUGGGCUGGUUGGUUGGCUACGAUGGCCAUUUCCACUUUGA